AACCAAAUCUGGGGCAGAAGGAAAGGUGACCUGCAACACAGGCUUGGCAGUGUGUGAGGAUUAGAUCAGAGCGCUGUGACCCUCGGACCCAGGGAGGGAGGGAGGGAGACAGAGGGAGAGAGAGAGAGAGACAGACAGAGGAGGGAGGGAUGUGGCGGCGGGUAACUGACACCAGCAUCAGUGUCGCGGUUACUGUCAGCAGACGCGCCGCGCACUCGCUGCUCGGCGACAGGAGAGCCGGCCCGGCUGCCAGACCCGCCGGCAUGUCCUCCACACCCGGCCCCUCGCUGGACGUGGCCGCCAUGAGGACGAGCUACAAAUGUGACCAGGACGCUUUCGAAGAAAAUCAUCUGGUUUCAUUGGACCCCAUGAAGCAGUUUGGUGACUGGUUUGAAGAUGCCACCAAGUGCCCGUCUAUCCUAGAAGCCAAUGCCAUGUGCCUUGCAACCUGUACCAGGGAUGGAAGACCCUCUGCUCGAAUGCUGCUUCUCAAAGGGUUUGGAGCCGAUGGGUUCAGAUUCUUCACCAACCACGAGAGCCGGAAGGGCCGUGAACUGGAGACCAAUCCAUUUGCAGCAAUUGUGUUUUAUUGGGAGCCCUUGAAUAGGCAAGUACGCAUCGAAGGGCGGGUGGCAAAGUUGCCGAGGAAGGAUUCUGAGGAGUAUUUCCAUUCCAGGCCCAGGAGCAGCCAGAUUGGGGCACUGGUCAGUCACCAGAGCUCGGUGAUCCCAAACAGAGAGUUUCUGAGGAAGAAGAAUGCAGAGAUGGAGGAAGUCUACAAAGGUCAGGAUGUGCCGAUACCUGAUUACUGAGAUGCUGCCUGACGUGGUGAGUUACAUACAAACAUAGACCUUCAAGAAGGAACUGCAGAUGCUGGAAAAUCGAAGGUAGACAAAAGUGCUGGAUUUUCGGAGGGAGGAGGAGAACUUCUUCAAAGUAGGCAUACCUUGAGGACAUAUCGCAGUGGAGUAGACAAAAUGUUCAAGAAGGAACUGCCCCCCACCCUACAUCAGUCUGAAGAAGGGUUUUGGCCCGAAACGUUGCCUUUUUCCUUCGCUCCAUAGAUGCUGCCUCACCCGCUGAGUUUCUCCAACACUUUUGUCUACCAUAGAAACAUAGACAAUGGAGCAGGCCAUUCGGCCCUUCGAGCCAGCACAGCCAUUCAAUCUGAUCAUGGCUAAUCAUCCAAAAUCAGUAGCCUAUCCUGCUUUCUCCCCAUAUCCUUUGAUUCCAUUAGUCCUAAGAGCUAAAUCUAACUCUCUCUCUGGAGGUUUCUCCAGCAUUUUGUGUACUUUUGUCUUCUAACUCUAUAUUGAAGGGGUCCAAGGAGAUGGGGAAAUAUAUCAUGAACUUUAUUUUGGACUCAAGGUUCAGACAUGGGACAACAUUACAUAAAAAUACAUUGCAUAUAAAAAUACCUUAAAAUACAUAUGAAAUCUUAGUAUAAAACUUAUAAAAGCAUCAUAAAUUAUAUAUAAAAAACACAAUGCAUGAUUUAAAAUCCAGGAUAAAAAAUAAAGAUCAGUGUUCUACAACGAGACACCGAUACCAGUGUCUCCACAGCUGAGAUUCGUAGCGUGUUGUACUAAACCUUAUGUUUGACAAGGCCACAAUAGUUACAUUUUCAGAGUCAUUUAUCCCGCAUAUGAUUUCUUAGGAUAGCUUCUAAAGUACUGACUCCUGCAGUCACAAACAUGUUACCAGCACUACACCAUCUAGGUUUCCUUAGCAAUGUUCUCAUGGCAUCAUUACAGGUCACCUUUAGUCUCCGCAAUAUCGUCUUUCCAUAGUUCGACCACAGGGCGCAGUAUAGAGUGGUGUGCAAUAUGCUCUAAACAGCGACAUCUUCACCACAUCUGUACACGCACAAAAAUGACCCCACACCCCCUCCAAAAACACAACAAGCCAUGAAACACAUAAACACACCGUAGAGAAACGUGAGGAAAGGUCAUUAACCUGAGAGGUGAACGGUUUCCCACUGUCCAGAGGCUGCCUGACCAGCUGAGUAUUCCCACCAUUAUGGGUUCCCAAACAUCCACUGUACACUGCUCUCAUUCUGCUGGUUGAGGUUUAAAUGUCAAUGUUCGUAAUGAAUGGGUAAGGUUGUCAUUUUCUGCUUGCAUUUGCAAUCUUUCAGAAACGUAGUCUUUUACGUCUAGUCAAAGGUGUUGUGCAGUUACUGUGAUACCUGUGAUUAUUGUGGUAAAUAAACUGUGGUCUCAU